AUGUAUUUAUUCAUAACAGCAGUCUUCAUUCUCACUGUCUUUGGGAAUCUGGCAAUAAUAAUUUCCAUCUUGUAUUUCAAGCAGCUCCAUUCUCCAACCAACUUCCUCAUCUUAUCCAUGGCUGUAACAGAUUUUCUGCUGGGCUUUGCUAUUAUGCCCUACAGCAUGGUGAGGUCUGUAGAGAAGUGCUGGGUUUUUGGGAUUAUAUUCUGCAAGGUUCAUUACAGUUUUGACUUGAUGCUCAGUUCAGCUUCCAUCUUCCAUCUUUGUUCCAUUGCCAUGGAUGGGUUUUGUGCGGUCUGCCACCCUCUGCAUUUCUGCAGCACCAUGACUGUAGCAGCCACAAAACAAAUCGUGGCUGUGUGCUGGUCAGUGCCUGCUGCCUUUGCUUUCGGUGUUUUCUCAGAAGCUUUUGCUUCUGGGAUUGAGGGCUAUGAGAUGCUGAUUAUAUGCUCAGGCUUGUGCCCAAUUGUGUUCAACAAACCAGGGGGUGGGGGGGCUUUUUUAUUGACAGUCAGUUUAUUUGGUCCUGCUUGAAUUAUGACAGGGAUUUUUGUUAAAACUUUUACACUUUCUAAGUAUAAAGACAGGAAAGCUGUUAAGACUUUGAGUAUUUUUAUGCUGAGUUUCUUAAUAUGUUGUUUUCCGUGUUUUUUUGCAGUCCUAAUUGAUCCAUUUUUUAAUUUUUCCAUUCCUUUACCUCUGUUUGAUUCUCUAAACUGGCUUGGGUAUCUAAAUUCUUUCUGAAAUCCAUUUAUCUGAUUUCUGUAUCCAUGGUUUCAGAAAUCAUUUAAAUGUAUCUUGAAAAGCAAAAUAUUUAAUCCAUGUUUUCAUACAAUAAAAAUUUUGUCUGAAGAUCUGUCAGAAUAA